AAUGACGCUCGAGGUCGGGGUCAACCCAAAGACUUAGGACACACUCUGGAGUAUGAGAAAGCUCGGAUUAAACUAAGCUCGAGCAUUAAAGCGCGUUCAGAAACAAGAUCACAUCACGCUUCACUUGUACUAAAAUCUUGGGGGUUGACCUCCGGUGUCAUUAAAUCCCAUGCGCACACGCAUAUACUAGUAGCUCCGAGGUCAGUGAGGAUCGGUGACCACCAUUCGCUAGAGCUAGGUGCUCAAGCCAGUACAAGAGCAGCCCGGCUGCAUGCGAGAUGAAAAAGGCCAGGAGGAACGAGAGCGGCAAGAAGCUCGCGAGCAGGGCAGGAGCAAGGGCCAUCGUGUGGCUUCUGCUUCCCAUCCUCGUCUUCGUCCUGCUCAAUGCCGAUUACAUGCCGCAGGUUCCCCGCCUUACAGGGACCAGCGUUACGGAAGCCGCGGAGUAUUUUCGACAGUCGACUCACAAGGUUCCGUCGUCAGGUAUAGAGGAUACAAUAUGGCAGCAGCAGGAGAGACUGCUGCAUGACGUGGCCAAGUUCAGAGCUGAGCAUGAUUCGGUCGUCGAAGCACCACCUUCUCGCGAAUCCAGCCACGAGAUGGCCGGCAAGCUUGUCGGUGCCGACAUAGGUACAGAGAGUGCAAUAUGGCAGCAGCAGAGGCAACUACUACGUGAGGUAGCCGAGCUAAGAGCUGCGCACAAAGAACUACUACUCGAGGUAGCCAAGUUAAGAGCUGCGCAUGAUUUGGCCGUACAAGCACCGCCUUCUCCUGCAUCAACCGACGAGACGCCCGCAAAGGCCAUCGAUGCACCACCUUCUCCCCUAUCAAGCGACGAGACGGCCUCGGCCGGCAAGGCCGUCGAUGCACCACCUUCUCCCCCGUCAAGCGAUGAGACACCUGGCGAGGCCGUCCAUGAACAACCUUCUCCCGCAUCAAGCGACGAGACGCCCGGCGAGGCUGUCCAUGAACAACCUUCUCCAACAUCAAGCGACGAGACGCCCGGCGAUGCAGUGGAAGCACCACCUUCUCCCGCAUCUAGCGACGGCACGCCCGAUAAGGCCAUCGAUGCACAACCUUCUCCCACGUCAAACGAUGAGACACCUACCGGGGUUGUGGAUGCACAACCUUCUCCCACAUCAAGCGACGAGACCCCCAUCGUCGAUGCGAAGAGAGAUGUGAUGGCAGCAAGAAGCAAGUCAACUUGCGAUUUCAGCAGUACACGCAUGGACAUCUGCGCCAUGGAAGGUGAUGUCCGUAUGCAUGGCAAAGCCGCCACAGUGUACGUGGUCUCAGCGUCCGACGACAGCUACCGGCCGGAGAACGGGAUGGUGACUAUCCACCCGUACCCGCGCAAGUCGGAGACAGAGACGAUGCAGACUAUCCGGGAGGUGACCAUCCGCUGGAACGACCCUCCAGGACCGGAUGCGCCACAGUGCACGGUGGCGCACGACGUCCCUGCGGUCGUCUUCUCCAUCGGCGGCUACCUCAGCAACUUCUUCCACACCAUGACCGACGGCAUCAUCCCUCUCUUCAAUACUGUGCGGGAGUACGACGGCCGCGUCCAGCUCGUGGUCACCGACUACAACCACGAGUGGGUUGCCAAGUUCCGAGACAUCCUCGCCGCCCUCUCCAACUACCCGGUCAUCGACUUCGACACUGACGACGAGGUACGUUGCUUCCCGUCGGUGCACGUCGGCACCGAGAGCCAUAAGGAGCUAGGGAUAAUCCCUGCUUUCUCCCGCAAGGGCUACACCAUAACAGACUUCCAGAACUUUCUCCGGUCAGUCUACUCGCUGAAACGUGAGUGGUCGACCCCCGUAAACCGGGCCUCCGGCGACAGGCCUCGUCUUGCCAUGAUACUACGGCGCAACUCGAGGGCGUUCGCAAACGAGGCGGAGGCCAUCGCAGCAGCCACGGAGGUCGGCUUCAAGGUGGUGUCGGCAGGGCAGGAGGCCGUGAGCGACACGGCCCGGUUCGCGGAGGUGGUGAACUCGUGCGACGUGAUGGUGGGCGUGCAUGGCGCUGGGCUCGCCAACCUGGUGUUCCUCCCUCGCAACGCUACGGUGCUGCAGGUCGUCCCGUGGGGCGACCUCCGCUGGGCGUCCUUCAGUGCCAUCGGCGCUCCGGCGGCUGACAUGGGGCUCCGGUACGUCGAGUACGAGGCGACCGCCGAGGAGACGACGCUCAAGUACGUGUACCCGAGGGACCAUGCCGUCUUCACCGACAUCCCCUCCGUAAACAGGCAGGGGUACAGUAAGACGUGGGAGAUCUUCCUCAACGGCCAGAACGUCACCCUCGACAUCGACCGCUUCAAAGGGGUGUUGCAGCAAGUCUACCAGAAUUCUGUAAUGGCUGAUCCUUCUCCGGCAUCAAGUGAUGAGACGCCCGGCGAGGUCGUCGAUGAGAACAGAGGUCUCAAAAACGAGGAGAAGGGGUUGCAAGCCAUGAACGAGGGAGUAGAUGGUUCUUUGGUAAAACAAGAGUACUCUCUUCAAUCCAUAAUGUAG